AUGAUCAAUUCCCUAAUUAAGCGCUACCAGUACAACUCAAAGUUCUACAAUGCAUCCAAUGGCAUAGUGUUUCUGAUGAUUGGAGGAGAAGGCGCGAUUUCGCCACCAGGCGAUAAGUGGGUGAGAGAUGAGAGUAUCACCAUGAUGCAAUGGGCUCAGAAGUAUGGCGCGGCUGCAUUCCAACUUGAGCAUCGCUUCUACGGACCCCAGGAGAACACACCGUUUGGCAAACAGGACACAGAGUCGCUGAAAUUUCUCACCAUCGACCAGGCCCUCGCAGAUAUCAACAAUUUCAUCCAGCAGAUGAACGAUCUGUAUUUCAAAGGAACGAGCACAAAAUGGGUGACAUUCGGUGGUUCCUAUCCAGGGUAUCUACAGAACACUGAAGCCAAUUACAGGGCUCAAGACAAAAACUGUGCAGCCAACAUGGCCACAGCGUUCACGAAUAUGCAAAAUUUGUUCUUCAGUGGAACUGCAGGGAGAGGGAAACUGAAGAGCAAAUUCAAUCUGUGCGACGAUUUCGAUGAGCAAAACCUUUCAAAGGCGAAGCAGUUCUUCUUCUCGAAUGUCAUCAGUUAUUUCCAAGGGAUAAACCAAUAUUCCGGUGACAACAGGAAUGCUGCCACCCGAAAUGGAUUGGGAAUACCCAAGGCUUGCGAGAUCAUGACGAACACUUCAUUGGGGGAUGAAAUGGACAGGGUCAAACUCGUCUUGGAUUGGUACACCACUGUGACUGGUGGACAGGUGGGCUGCUAUCCGAACAGCUACAGCGACUACCUCAAGACAUACCAAAACACCUCGUACACCGACAUUGACGACGUUGUCGCAACGCGCAGUUGGAUAUGGCAAACGUGCACUGAACUGGGCUAUUUUCAAACGACCGACUAUGGAACCAACUCAAUAUUUGGGAGUACAAUACCAGUGGACUUUUACUCCGAUCAAUGCGUCGAUCUGUUCGGCCCGGACUACACUAUCACUGAAACCUAUAGGCGUGUAGACAUCGUCAGCAAGAAGUACGGAGGAGCGACUGACUACAGGGGUAACAAUGUCGUGUUCCCGAAUGGCUCGAUUGAUCCAUGGAAAUCACUAGGACUUCUUGUUGGGAAUUCUGACAACGAUAUAGACGCAUUCGUGAUUGAUGGUACGGCUCACUGUGCUGAGAUGUAUCCCGCCUCGCCUAAUGACAAGCCAACACUGACAGCAGCUAGGACUCGAAUUCUGAAGAGCCUGGACCGAUGGAUCCAGGAUGCUUUAACCCCAACAGAAAUUACCAUGAGUUUGAUACUUCGAGCCGAGUGCUCGGGAAAUUUGAGAUCCAAAAGUAACUGA